AUGAAAGGCCUCUUCCGUGCCAACCCUCCGAAGGCCAAAUAUUCCUCUACGUGGGACGUAGACAAGGUCUUAAGCUACAUAAUAAAUCUCGGUGAAAAUUCACUGCUGUCCCUAAAGCAGCUUACCCUCAAGCUCACUAUCUUACUUGCUCUGUGUUCCCCUAAGCGGGUGUCAGAGAUAGCUUCCUUUUCCCUGGGGAGCCUCCAGAGGAGCGCUCAUCGCUGGGUGUUCUUUAUCGACUAUCGAAACAAAAACCGCAGGUACGGUCCACCCCAGUCAGCCGUGUACGAGGCAUACGAAGACAACAGUCUCCUCUGUCCUGUCGAGACCUUACAGCAAUACCUCGCAGCAACGGAAGCAUUCCGCGGUCGGGAGAAGGCACUCUUACUCUCUUACGCUUCACCUCACAGACCAAUCUCCGCGGCCACCGUAGCUAGGUGGAUUAAGACGGUACUAGUUGAAGCCGGGGUAGGAGGUGACUUCUCAGCUCAUUCAACACGCUCCGCAGGCACAUCCAAAGCAUACAAGCACGGCGUGUCCUUAGAGACAAUAAUGAAAGCGGCCGCGUGGGCUCCAGGGAGUUCAACCUUUCGCAAUUUCUACCAGAGAGAGCCUUUGCGAGACUCCUAUCAGAAAUCGAUCCUAAGACGCAGCAGCACCAAGGAAACCUACGCGGCGAGCGAAAGAGCAGCACACGCGAGACGAAGGAGAUCUCCGGAAGCAAGGGAGAAGCCCUCGACACCUCGCCUUACCGUCAAGAAACCAAAAAAAUAA